UGGACGUGACCAGUUUGACCUUAAGACUGAGUGCUGCUGUGUCAUGAACGACAGUCUUAAGAUACAGCCGAUCACAUCCAGCUGCUGUGGGAAGGAGUCAGCUGUCUGUGGAACAGAGGCCUACAACACAUCAAAUGAACUAUGCUGUCAAUCAACUGUUGUAUCCAAACCUGCAUCAAAUGCCAAAUGCUGUGCAGAAAAUGCUUAUGAUGAGGACAAGCAGAUGUGUUGUGGUCCGAUGGAGAACAAGACGAUCCUGACGAGAAAUUCCAGUGACCACCGGUGCUGUGGACGUGACCAGUUUGACCUUAAGACUGAGUGCUGCUGUGUCAUGAACGACAGUCUUAAGAUACAGCCGAUCACAUCCAGCUGCUGUGGGAAGGAGUCAGCUGUCUGUGGAACAGAGGCCUACAACACAUCAAAUGAACUAUGCUGUCAAUCAACUGUUGUAUCCAAACCUGCAUCAAAUGCCAAAUGCUGUGCAGAAAAUGCUUAUGAUGAGGACAAGCAGAUGUGUUGUGGUCCGAUGGAGAACAAGACGAUCCUGACGAGAAAUUCCAGUGACCACCGGUGCUGUGGACGUGACCAGUUUGACCUUAAGACUGAGCGCUGCUGUGUCAUGAACGACAGUCUUAAGAUACAGCCGAUCACAUCCAGCUGCUGUGCGAAGGAGUCAGGUGUGCAGCAACAGAAACCCACACCUCAACCCAACUGCACUGAGCCAAACACAACUCUCUGUGGGUCAGCAUGUUACAAUCCAAGUUCCUUUCGCUGCUGUGAGAAAAACCAGGGAAAGUCUCAGUGCCGCUUCCCAGGCCAAUGUGAUGAUGCCUCUACUGUGUAUAACCCAUGUACACAUGUCUGCUGGGAUGGCUUUGUAUCUGAGUGGAAGUCUUGGAUUGAACAAUUUCAUGUUUCCCAUGGACAACACUGCUGCGGGACAGAAGUCUAUUGGCCUCGCACUGAGAUCUGCUGCGAUGGACACAGACAUGCCAAAAAAGAAAACACUCACUGCUGUGGGGGGAAAGCCUACAACAUUAAAGACCCUCAGAUGAAGUGCUGCGCAGGGACACUGCACAAACUCACCCUGUUAUGCAGACCUGGACAUGACGCGCAAUGCUGUGGAUCCGUUCUGCAAACCCCGCAUAAUGUUUGCUGCUCGAGUGAGGACAAGGAGGUGCUUUACUCUGCCAAGACAGGAUUCGGAUGCUGUGGUCACCUCUACUACAACGCCUCUCUGUGGUCAUGCUGUGCAGGGAAGUUGAGUCCAGUACCCAAAGUAGGACAGCAUCAGAGCGUGAUGAUUAAAGAAUCCAGACUUCUGUCAGUAAACAAUCUGAAUGAAACAGAUCUUUGCGAUGAAAUGCAAAUCGGUACUGUGGAAAGUGUGUCUCCGGACAGCAUCGUGUUCAGCAAUGUGCUAAAAAUCCAUGGAAGAAAUGCCAUGGUGAAACCUCUGGCUUCGCCUCACAUCCUGGAAACACCUGAUCGCUGCAGCUCCCCUAAACUGAUCCCUGGGAAUAGCUACUUCUUUGAUGAAGUUAAAGUCUUCACAGAUUUCAACCAUAACUCUAUUCUCCAGUCGCUCUAUUUCAUUCUUUCCAAGUGUUAUCGUCCUUAGGUCACCACUGUUACCUGUUACUACCAUCAGUUAAUCUGUUAUCGUAUACAUGGUCUGACUCACCGGAUGUGAAGCCUACCAUUGUCCCCCUAUUUCAGAGGGCAUUCUCCUCCCCUUUAGCUAAUCUCCGCUAUUUAUUUAGCAAGGGCACUGCAAUCGCUGCAUCCCGGACUUAGCGCCCCCCAAGACGAUUGUGAUUGGUUUAAAGAAAUACAAACAAGCCAUGACAUUUCCCCUAUCCUUCAAUGAUAAGCGGUGCAACUUUUCAUUAUUUUCAUUGCUCAAUAUAUAUACACACAUAUAUAUAUAUAUGGUGCUUUACCAAACCAUUUGCAGCCAAAUUACCAGAAACACAUUGCCACCUGUACACUGUGGACUAUACCGCUACAAUUCUAGAUUAAGGUUUUUAAAGCGGUGCUCUUUGCAGAAAAGCUGCCUUCUUUCCUGUCUGGUAGCUGUUAGCGUGCAAGAAUUAAUGUGUAAUUAAUAUGUAGUUUGAUUUUCACAUAAGCUGAACAGCUAUCAUCUAACAUGUUUUAUUUUUCAGAAUAUUAUGAUAGUCUUUGUUAUUCUUUUCAGUCAUGCAUUAUAUUAUAUUUUAUUAUUAUUUUUUAUUCUUGCACUAAACUACAUUAUAAAUGGCAACUGUUUGCACACAUUUCAUUUAUGUUGUUUACAUUUACAUGUAAAUGACGUAAAUGACAUGUCAAUUUUUACUACUCCGCACCGGCGAUAGCCUUGGCCGGUCAAUAUCUCUGAACACUUCAGGGGAAUCUCUUCAAAUUUGGUACCAACGUUUACUUGGACUCUGAUUAGAUUUGAGUGGUCAAAGGGCAAGGCUAGAGUGGCCUCACGAAGCACAUGUUUGGCCCCUCAAGAAUUCCUAUGCUACUUAUAUUUCACACAAAUGUCUAGUAUGAUUAAAUGAUGAAGUGAUGACACUUUAUAUCAAAAAGGUCAAAGGUCAAUUUAACUGUGACAUCAUAAUGUUCUGCAAAAACACUUUUCUUGCCAUUAUUCAGUGCCAUAACUCAGGAACAGAAGGGGAGAUUUUGACCAUAUUUCAUAUUUUGUUGGAUACUGAAUUUGUGACACUAAUCUUGGGUGCCCACCCUGAAACUGUGGUGAUUGUAUAGAUCUUCUGUGCUGCCGGGUUGAAUAUGUGUGUGUGAAGCAUCCGUGUUUCGUCAAAACAUACAAUAAUACCUUUUAUUCAAUUGCUUAUAAGUCUUCACUACACAUUAUAUGAGUCUAGACAGAUAUGGAUGUAAACUUUACUGGUUGGAGGAGGAAUACAACCACAGGGCAAUAAUUAUAGUUUAUCAUGACAUUAUUUAUGAAGCUAGUAAUUGAUAAGCUUGUCUUCAAAAAUAUCAGGGAUAAAAAUAUGCUAUAUGGAACUAAACCUCCAAUCAUGCAAAGAUUUAGCUAUGGUGCAUUAAAGAUAUGUUUCUCAAUACUGCAUUUUUUUUUGGUGCAGUGUAUAUUCCUGUACUGUAUGUGAAUGACAUGAAUUUAAGCUUGAAAACCUAUUUUCAUUUUACCAAAAAAUAUUCAGUAUGUCUAUGUCUAUAAAUCUUCUAAUUCUUAUCUAAUUUUAAGAAACAGAAACUCAUAAUAACUCUUAUAUUGCAUGUUUAUUUUUCAUACAUGACAAGCUACUU